GGAAGGGGCUUCCGCUUCCGUCAGGGGUGGCUGCAGCCUCGCUCUGGUCCCUGCGACUGGCGGCCGAGUCGUGUGUCUCCUCCUCCGCCGCCGCCAUAUUGUCUGUGUGAGGAGAGGGGAGAGCGGCCGCUGCCGCCGCCGAUUCCACCACAGUUUGAAGAAAACAGGUCUGAAACAAGUUCUUAACCCCAGCUGCCUGUGAACACAGUGACUGCCAGAUCUCCAAACAUCAAGUCCAGCUUUGUUCGCCAACCUGUCUGACAUGUCGGGACCCGUGCCAAGCAGGGCCAGAGUUUACACAGAUGUUAAUACACAUAGACCCCGAGAGUACUGGGAUUACGAGUCACAUGUGGUGGAAUGGGGAAAUCAAGAUGACUACCAGCUGGUUCGAAAAUUAGGCCGGGGUAAAUACAGUGAAGUAUUUGAAGCCAUCAACAUCACAAAUAAUGAAAAAGUUGUUGUUAAAAUUCUCAAGCCAGUAAAGAAGAAGAAAAUCAAGCGUGAAAUAAAGAUUUUGGAGAAUUUGCGAGGUGGUCCCAAUAUCAUCACACUGGCAGACAUUGUAAAAGACCCUGUGUCACGAACCCCUGCCUUGGUUUUUGAACAUGUAAACAACACAGACUUCAAGCAAUUGUACCAGACGUUAACAGACUAUGACAUUCGAUUUUACAUGUAUGAGAUUCUGAAGGCCCUGGAUUAUUGUCAUAGCAUGGGAAUUAUGCACAGAGAUGUGAAACCCCAUAAUGUCAUGAUUGAUCAUGAGCACAGAAAGCUACGGCUAAUAGACUGGGGUUUAGCUGAGUUUUACCAUCCUGGCCAAGAAUAUAAUGUCCGAGUUGCUUCCCGAUACUUCAAAGGUCCUGAGCUACUUGUAGAUUAUCAGAUGUACGAUUAUAGUUUGGAUAUGUGGAGCUUGGGUUGCAUGCUGGCAAGUAUGAUCUUCCGGAAGGAGCCAUUUUUCCAUGGACAUGAUAAUUAUGAUCAGUUGGUGAGGAUAGCCAAGGUUCUGGGGACAGAAGAUCUAUAUGACUAUAUUGACAAAUACAACAUUGAAUUAGACCCACGUUUCAAUGAUAUCUUGGGCAGACACUCCCGUAAGCGAUGGGAAAGGUUUGUCCACAGUGAAAAUCAGCACCUUGUCAGCCCCGAGGCCUUGGAUUUCCUGGACAAGCUGCUGCGAUAUGACCACCAGUCACGGCUCACUGCCAGAGAAGCCAUGGAGCACCCCUAUUUCUACACUGUUGUGAAGGACCAGGCUCGAAUGGGCUCGUCCAGCAUGCAGGGGGGCAGUACGCCUGUCAGCAGCGCCAACAUGAUGUCAGGGAUUUCUUCAGUGCCAACCCCUUCGCCCCUCGGACCUCUCGCGGGCUCGCCAGUGAUUGCUGCUGCCAACCCCUUGGGAUGCCUGUUCCAGCUGCUGCUGGCGCUCAGCAGUAAUGGCCCUUCUGUCUCCUGAUGCCUGAGCAGAGGUGGGGGAGUCCAGUCUCUCCUUGAUGCAGCUUGCGCCCGCCGGGGAGGGUUGAAAUACUUCAGAAGCACCGUGUCUGAACCGUUGCUUGUGGAUUUAUAGUAGUUCAGUCAUAAAAAAAAAAUUAUAAUAGGCUGAUUUUUUUUUCCUUUUUUUCCUUUUUUUUUUAAACUCGAACUUUUCAUAACUCAGGGGAUUCCCUGAAAAAUUACCUGCAGGUGGACUAUUUCACAGACAAAUUUUUUUCUCCCCUUCCAAAUUCAGUUCCUCAUCACUGUAGAACAAAGAUAUACCAGCCUCAAUCCCGGCUGCUACGUUUGGGUGGAGAUUUCUUCCCAGUUUCUCACCAUUGCUCCCCCACCAUCCCACACUUUGGGGGUAUCUCAUGCUCUUCUCCAGAGAUUACAAAAUGUAGCUUCUUGGAGGGUAGUGGGAAGAAAGGAGGAAGUGAGAACCCAACCUGUACGAGCAGUGUUCUGCUAGUCACUUAUCAGUUUACUCCAAAAGUGCUUCAGUGGGGUUAUCCUGGUGAAACUAAGGGAAUAUCUCUUAGUUACAUUGAGAUGCUGAAAUGCUACCCAAAGUGCAUACAGGUCCUGAAAACUUCUGUUCCAUAUAAAUCAUGUCUUAACUGACCUAACCCUAAAUCCAACUCACUUGUAAUUUUAGUUUCAGUUUAGUUUAAAAUGUUUAUACCUUGGUCCUCUUGCCUUUCAUCUCCCUAACACGUUCCAUAGCUGGUAGGAGGGGGAUGGCAAAAUCUUUUUCCAUUUUCUUUGACUUGGCCAUUUUGAAUUCAGUUACUGGGCAUAACUUACUGCUUUUUACAAAAGAAAUGAACAUUGUCUAUAUAGGCUUCAUGCUGGCAACUCUUGAAGAGCUCAUGAGAGAUGUGGCCACACUGAGUUUCAUUUUAAGCUUUCUACCUUCUUUUCCUCCUACCUUCCUUGUCCCUCACAUGCCAUCUCGUGAGAAGACCUUCCCUUCAGUCUUGGAAAUAUAUCUGAGAGGUAGGAGCAGAGCCACUACCUCCAAUGAAACAGAAAUGGUAGACCUGUAAUUGUGGGGGAACUAUAAACUCUCUUGUUACAGCCCUGCCACCCUUUGCUGUGUGUAUAUAUAUGAUACUUUGUCCUUCAUAUGUGAAAGAUCCAGUGUUGGAAUUCUUUGGUGUAAAUAAACGUUUGGUUUUAUUUAUCAAGGUUAGAUUUAAGUUCCCUGUGUAAAGGUCUUGCUGGGUGGGUGUCUCAUGUUCACAUCUGAGGGCCUGCAGCCCUUUACCAUGGAGGCUUCCCGAGGCCCCCAUUUUUAUACACCCCUCAAUUCGACCCAUGGUACUGGGCAGGGCAGAGAGGCCUUAAAAAAGCACCACAAGCCAAAGCAUCUCUGGGGAUUAAGGAUCCUUUGCCAUAAAACUCAUUUUGUGUCUCAGCAGUGCAGGGAUUGGGGAUGGAAAAAGUCGCCAGUUUUUGUGUGUUUUGUGUGUGUGUAAAGUGGAUUUUCCACUAAUCCAACCACCUAAGUUUAUCAGGUGCUUCACUGAGGAAGCCUAGUUUUUUAAGCACAAUAGCAAAACCAUCAGCUCUGUAUUUUCUCCUGUUAGUUCAUUACAGUAGCUGCUUGUGGGGACUAGGAAAAAUUCUUCCAACAUACUUUUAAGGCCUAAACUCUUAGUUCCCCAUUCUCCUACCUUUAUAAAUUCACAAGCCUUUCUCACCUGGGCAUCAUAGAUUAAAACAUAAUUGUUUGAGGAGUUGAAUUUAAUGAACUUACAUAACUUUAUAACCCAUCUUGGGUCUAGUAACUUUAUCAAGAUGGUGGCUUUGGUGAAUAUAAUGGUAAACUUUAGAGGAAGCAAAGGCCUCCUUUUAUAAUGCUUCUCAACCAUAGGGAAAACAUUCUGUGUGGCAGAGUGAUUUUCUUCCUUAUAGCCACUUACAGUGGAUAUUUAUUCUUCUUAACCUUUUGAUGCCCUAGAAUGCUGUGGGGGUUACCAUGUUGAGUUUGUACGGAAGCUGAAAGCACCGGAUGUGCCAGAGAUGCAAUUUGUGAUUACCUUUGCACUGGAUUGUGAUUUGAACAGGACUUACGACUAAUGAAUUUUUCUUUUGAAGUGGGGAGAAGGGUUGUAGAUCAAGACUUCAUAUGCCACCCUUAUAGCUCAGAAAAUCUAGGUGUAGCUGAGGCUGGCGUAGGGGAGCCAUAGACAGCUGGACCUCCUAACACACCUCAGACCUUGCAAGAAACUGAAGGUGAAUGCAGAGGACUCUGAAAUGCCACCCAAGAGCCUUUUAAAAUAACUAGAAAAUUUUUAAAUGCAGCUUAAGGAGUCACUGCAGAAGCAUGAAAAAAAGAUCCAAUUAGUGGGUGGGUGGGGGGCAAGGGUUUACAGAGUAACAACUUCUGUGUUGUUGUAAAUUACCUCAUCUGUAUACCUUGUAUUGGGACACUUUAUUUCUCAGCACUACCUGUGUCUGCAUUGACUAGGUGGCAGGAAAUGGAAUGCCAGUGUAAGACAGCUGUGCUGGCAAAUACUCUGAAAGGUUUUUUAAGUAUUUUUUAACUUUGUUUGAAGUGGCCCCCCCCUUUUUUUAGUUUGAAGUCAGAAGUUCCCCCUCCUUGAUUUAUUGGUUGUAAUUGUAUUGUAAUUGGUAUAACUAAAACAUAACUGUGCUGGGAAGAAGUUGUGCCAUGAAGGUCUUUAAUUUCUUUUUAAAUAAAAACAUUUAAACAAAUGAAAUGUCCCUGCAGCUUGAACAGUAUAUACUUUCUCCAUCCGACACCAUGUAAUAGAUGGCUUAGUUCUCACAUGCUUUGAGUUUAAUACUGGAUUGAUGGAGAUGUGAAGUGGGAUAGAUGAAGAUUGAUAGAGGAGCACUGAAGUCUAGGAGUUUUCUCAUCGAGAUAGAAUGAAGAGAGCAUGAUGUUGCUAAACAGGACUGGUUUCAUUCCUGCCGUUGUCACACUUGGCUACUUGGCAAGGUACUUAACUUCUCUAUCAGUUUAAUCAUCUGUAAAAUGGACCACUACUUCUUUGGGAUUGAAUGAGAGUAAAUGUCAAGUGCCUGGCAUCUGUUCCGCUCUUGAUGAACCUAAUUCCCCUGGCCCUCUGGUAUGGAGCAUUAGUCCUUGGUCCUGACUUUGCAAGUAAUUCGCAGUACAGUCUCUCCUGUGAACCCCUUGGUAUUUCUGUUUGUGUUAGGUCAGGGGGGAGACUGAGUGAGAUGUCUUCUGAGUUCCUUUUCAGCUCUGACACUGACUUUAGAAAGUGAGUCGUGCUUAAAUAAAAUGGGUUAUGAAGACAGCUUGUUCAUUAGCAGAAAAAACCAGUGUUAAGUGAAUAGCAGUAAGCCCUGUGGAAGGUCAGUGGAGCUAACCCUCUGUCCUGGAGGCAACUUGCAAAGUCUUGGAGCCUGGAAUGCAGGUGUGCUGUUGAGCUUAUGGCAACAUAUUUGGCAGCUUAAGUAGAAACUAUCAAAAGUGCUGGUAAAAGGUGAAACAGUUUACUUACCAAUGUGAAACAAGUAAAUUCUACACUAGUAUAUACUUGAAUUGGCAUUUAUACUUCCUUAUUUAACCACAAGUUUUGGAAUUUGAAAUCAGGAAAUGCUGUUAUCCCAAUUACUGGUUUUCUUAAAUAUUCACUGCAUACUAUAUGGCAUCCACGUGUUAUUUAUAUUGAGAGCUAAGAAGUGUGGUUUAGAAAAAAGAAAUCAUUGUGUAGUGUAGUUUCUUGUAUCUGAAAUGCCUAGCUUACAUGAACUUUAAUUUCUGACAUCCUCAUUUUGUACAUGAAGCAGGAAGAUUAAAUUGUAGAGCCUGUUAAGAGACAGAAAUAUAUUUUGUAAAAUUACAUCCUCAGGAUAUGUCUCAUUACUUUAGUCCUAGGGCAGUAGAGAAAAUUGAAGAUUGGUUGACAAAUUUGGGGAUUUUAAUUUCCUCUCAGUCUUUAAUUUUAUCUAGCUUUACCUGUUGUCAAGUGUGGUUAUAAUCAGAACUGACUGACUGAGCAUCUCUUAAAAAUUCUAGUUUUGUCAUCAUUACCUAUAGAUUCCCACCAGCAGAUUCUCUCCCUAGAUUAUAAUCAGGUUUGAAGUAGCUGUUUAAUCAUCAGUCAUUGCCUACUUCCCUGCUGGUAAUUUUCUCCUCCCUUGUGCCUCAGCUGUAGGGAUUGUGACUGAUCUGCUGGUAACAUGCAUGCUAGAGAGGCUGUCUUCCUAGUGUGUUUUCCUGCUUAAGGAAAAAGUUAACCAAAAGACUUUGAGGUUGAAGUAAGGUAGUCUCUGGUUCCCUCUUCAAAAAUUGGGUCUAAAAACCUUGAUCCUAGCUACUGCACCACCCUACCUAACAUCACCUCUCCCUGCUUCCCUGACUGCUACCAUUAUCCCUAUGCCCUUUUUCUUUAGAACACCUGAGCUUUUAUUGUAUUAUUUUUAUUUAUUGUUUCCCCACCCGCAUGUAAACUUACUGGUGACCUUGUAUAUCUUACUAAUCUGUACAUUCUCAUAAACACCUUUUUUUUUUUUAAAGUGAGCCAAUAUCCAUCAGUUUUGAAGAUGAUUGAAUGGAAGGGAAAUGCUUAGCACCCAUACUGGGCUCAUAAAGAUGCUCAAUAAAUAGUAGUAAUCCAAUCCUCUCCUACUUCCAUCUCCCCGACACAAUAAAUUAAUGGAAGUAUUGUUGCAUAAAGAGCAUCUCAAGAUCAGAAGAGCAUUUUCAGUUGUAAUUAAAGCCACAAACCAGACUGAAUUAACAUGACAAGAACAUGUUUAAUGAACCGUUCGUGAAAUUGUGGCUAAAAGUUAAGCAGUGAUCCUGACCUAUUUAGUAGACUUAGAUGCUCAAAAUUCCUGUUUUCCACCCUUGUGUAUGACAUAAAAUUCAGAAUAUUCUCCAAGUUGAAUAGAUACAUAUAGACUUGCAGAAGAAAGCCUGGUUCUGGAGUCAAUAUUAAUGUAGACAGGGACUUCCCAAGAUAACCAUAACACAGAAGUAUGAUUCUGUGCUAAAUUUAACCACAUCAGAGAAGCAACCCAGAGGAGUUGCAGAUGUCCUGGUUCUAGGCAGAGUUCUGUCUGGCUGUAUGGUUUUGGAUGAGUUACUUAACUCAUCUGAAUCUUCAGAAGUGAUUUAAAUUCUUAUUGUAAAAGCAUUUUAGACAUGUAUCAUGUAUCAAGCUAUAAAGAAGCUGUAACACACCCAUGAAUCUUCACUUAAGACUAUAUUACCAAUAUAAAUGAAGCCCCUUUUGCCCUUUCUUGAUUUUAUCUUCCCUUCUUCUGCCUCAGAGGUCCCAAAUAUUUCUUCAUUUGUAAAAUUGAGUUGUAAUUACCUAGUUCUUAAAUGGGUGGUGUUUCAGGUUAGAUGGCAAAUGUUUGGAAAGUGCCUAGCACAGUGUCUGACAUAAGUAGAGCUGGACUAAAUGUUUACACUCUUGAAUUGUGUAGCUGGGCAGAAUAUGUAUAGAAGAAAAGGGAUGCUACAUCUAUACCAAUGCCAUAGGUUUAUGUAUGUAUUCCUACAGUUUUACAGUAGAUGGCAGUAAAGUGUCUUGUUCUAUAGGAAAAAAAAUUCACGUAUUAUAUAUGACAUAUUCAAUAGGUGCAAGUCAGGUUUCUGAUUUGCACGAUGGCCAGCUUGCCCUGUUCCCACCCCAUCUCAUCCUUUCCUUUAAAAUUCUAUCGCCCUGUCUCCUCUGAAUUUGUCAUUUCUCCAGUGAAAGCCAGAUACUUUUGCACUAUAGCAAAUUACAGUUUGGAAUUGCCUCCCUGUAGCCAUGAUCACCAGGGACUCUUAGUGGCCUCAUUAUAAGAAGCUCUUCCCCAGGUACCCCAAGAUGGGAGUUUAAGGGAUGGCCAAUCCAUUUCUUGGAGAUGUUCUUGAGGGGAUUGGGUGUUUCUGAGUCAGCUUCAUUCUUGCAUCACCUGCUUUGAUAGUUUUCUUGCUCUAAUGAGAAAAAGGAAAACAUCAGCAGCUGCUAAGUGGUUUCCUGAUCUCAUCUUCUGAGUCAGUCUCAACAAUAGACAAACAUUUUUCAGUUUAUGUAGAAAGGGGGAACCUUGUUUCUUUGUGUUGAACAGAUCUGGGAACUCCAUGUGAAUUUCCUGUGAAGAAUCCUAAAUACUCAGUAGCUCUCCUCACCCUGAUAUAUAUAUAUAUAUACAUCAUUCUGUUCCUGCUCACCCACUCAGCUCCAUCCCGUCAGCCCAGGUUUCUUUACACACUUACCUUGACUGAUCUUUCCAGAGUUCAUCUGUUAAUGUAAGAUGGCCUUUAAACACUAGUUGGUAUCCAUGAACCUGGCACUCUGCUAAACACUGAAGAUUGAGAGAGGAGACACAAGCCCAUGGGGAAACGUUAUUGUCAAAUAGAAAAACAGAAAUAACGGAUAAUUUCAACUGCAUUGGUGGUGGUGGGGAGUUACCCAGAAAAAAAUGAGAUCACUAAUCAGCCUGGUAGACUGAGCCAACUCAAGUAAGGUACCCACCUCCUACUCCAAAUACAUGAGGAUGCUAACUGAAAUAACAAUUUACUUUCAAAUAAGUAGCCAAUUUCAAAGAAAGAAAUGGAAAUUCCCAGAUGGCAGAAAGGAAGGCAGAAUUCAUCCUGAAGGAAGUGGAUAUUAAAGUCAACAGUGGCACCCACUACAACAGGCUUAGGUACAGAUGGUCCUUAGAGGCUAGGGGCUAGAGUUUGAAUGCCCCCAGAGAGAGAGCCUCUGGGCCUUUCAGGGUAGAAAACUGAAAAGGCUGCUUUUAAGAGGAAAGAAAUACAUUAGUUGUAGUUGCCUCUGGGAGAUGAGGUUAAAAUAAACAUCACAGAAAGAAAGUCCUGAACUCUUGGGGAAGGGAGAGUGUUCAGGGAAACUUUCUCAGAGGAGGGGCUGCUGGGCCUGGCUAGGGAGAGGCCCAGCCUUAGCAAGUUUGAGCUGCAGAGCCCACACCCAGGGUCAGCACCCAUCUCUUGGCUCAGUUCUGCUUCCUGGACAGAUUUGCAUAGCUGCACUGCCAGGAAUCACUGUCCAGGUUUCUAACCAGUCAUUACAGAUAAAAACUUUCUCUUGCUUUUUCUCACUCUAGUCCUCACAACAAAAAUAUUCAUCCUCAUGCAGAUCUCUAGGUCAGCUAUAGUUCAACAGAUCUAAACCAGGUUCAGCCAAGCAUAUUAAGGAUGGGUUGGGCGGGGCUGGAUAUGUCCCUGUAUUGAUUGGACUCCGUUUGCUCCAUAUGGUUCCUUCUGGGUCCCAUGCUGAAGUUGCAGUAGCUACCUGGGGCAUGCUGCUCUCAUGGAUUGCUAGAGCAUCAGACCAAAUAAAAUUGUAUAAGAAAAAUAUUUGAAGAAAUAAAAGUUGGGAAUUUUAUAACAUUAAGGACCUAAGCCACAGGUCCAGGAAGCUUAAAGAAGUAAAAUAAAUGUAUACACACACAAUUAGGCAUAGCGUGUUCAAAAUGCUAGAACAAAAGGCAAAAAAGCAGCCCAGAGGAGAAAAUGACACAUACAGAGGAAACUAAGAAUCUGACCAUGCAAGCUAGAAGACAAAAGGAAUGGAUUUAGUGAUGAAAGAAAAAAAAAAACCUGUCAACCCCAAAUCCUAUACCCAG